AAAACUCAUAGUUACCAGAUAAGAUUUUCACCGAAAUAAUUUCAAGUGGUUGUCGUGCAUGAUUGCAUCAACAAAUAUGGAUUUUCGAAAAGCGCUCACAUUUGCUCUUGUUUUAGGAAUAUUUACUUUGUCAAUAACUUUGUUAACUGACUGGUUCCUUUUGGAUAGAAUUGUGAAUUCGAGAAUUGGUCAAGAGCUGGCUCUCAGGAACGGAACUGAUUCGUGGAACAGAUGGAUUGAAUCGCCAAUACCAAUCUAUUUGAAAAUCUAUAUAUUUACUGUCACUAAUCCAGAUGAGGUCAAUUUAGGAGGAAAGCCAAAGUUGAUCGAGAAAGGACCUUAUGUGUACAAGGAAACCAGAAGAAAAACUCCAUUCUAUAUAAAUACAUUGGAGGAUUCUGUAGAAUACCAGCAGGAUAUCACAUAUAUUUUUGAUAAGAAUGUAUCAUAUCCUCUUGAUGAAAAUGAUGUCCUGACUGUUGUGAAUCCGGCACUGGUUGGUGUGACAAAUAUUCUGAAUGAUAUCAAAGGAUUACAGUCAAUGAUGAGAAUAUUCAUGGAGCUGGCCGUUCCUCCCAUAUUCAACUCACCAAAUUCGAUAUUCAUCAACGCUACAGUCAGAGAUCUACUGUUCUCAGGCAUCAAAAUCGAUUGUCAAAGAUCUGACAAGAAUAUAGCAGUAUUCUCCAUGUGCUCGGCUCUUCGUCAUAUGAUGCCAAUAAAGGUUUUGCAAAUGGGCAGCAAUGGUGACUUCUCUAUGGCAAUUCUAAGGCAUCGACAAAGUCUCGGCACAUUUAGUAUCAACGCUGGAAAUAAGGAUCCAUCAGCUCUGGGUGAAAUUCUUCGGUGGAACAAGAAGACAGACAUGUCGCUCUGGUCUGGAAAACGCUGCAAUGAAAUAGGUGGAAAUGACGUCACACUACUUCCCCCAUUCAUCCACAAACAGUCUCAAUUGAGAGUCUUCUCUACAGAUAUAUGCAGUGUAGUUCCUUUGGUAUACAAGGAAGACAUUUAUUACGAAGGUGUAAAAGGACUGAGAUUCACACCAAGUUGGUUAUUCUUGGCAGACGAUGUUCUCGUCAAUGAAGAUGCGUCCUGCUAUUGUAACGGUACAAUAAACGGCCUUACACAGCCAACUACAUGUGCUCCAAAAGGCGCUGUUGACAUUUCCAAUUGCAUGGAUGUGCCUGUAAUAAUGACCAAGCCUCAUUUCUUGGAUGCAGCUAAUGACUUGUUGGACGAUGUCGAUGGUUUGAAGCCGGAUCCAGAAUUGCAUAACUCAUACUUUGAUAUUGAACCAAAAACUGGAAUUCCCUUGGAAGGCUACCAAAGAAUCCAAGUGAAUUUAAAAUUGAAUCAAAUAACAACGAUGACACUCAUGAAGGAUUUGAGAAAUCUAACGUUUCCUCUACUGUGGGUGGAAGAGGGUACACAACUUGGCCCUGAAGAAAUAGAUAAGCUGAACGAAUUAAUUAUCGAACAAUUGCUCAUCAUUAAUAUUGUAAAAUGGAGUAUUCUGACAACAAGCACUUCUAUUAUAAUAAUAACAAGCUUAUUCAUGUGUAAGCUCAGCAAAUCCAAUAUGAAACAAAAAGUGUAAUAGAUCUCAUCAGAUCGAGCCAUUUCCAGUCUCCACACGUAAUGGACAACCUCAACGCCAGAAUUGCCAACAAAACACAGAUUCCUCCAUGUACACGUUGACAUUUUCCUUGUGGCUUGCCUUCAAAUUUUCUGUUGCAUAUGUGUAGAAAUGGAUUAACAAUAGAAAUAACAAUAAAAUCUUAUUCAAGUUGAAUCAUUUUUGUAUAGCCUACAGAAAUUGUGAUUAAAAUUUGUUAAUAAAGAUUUUGACUUUA